CUAUUCUGACACAGUCCACACAGCUGUUACAGCUCAGUCUAUACUUCCCUUCAAGACACCCCGUCCAUCUUAAGAAUGACCGUCUCCAAGCGCGUCGCCAACGCCAAGAGCGGCAAGUUCCACAAGGGUGUCCACAAGCGUGGUCUGGUUGAUGAGGCCAAGCAGAAGACUAGCAAGCUGCCGGUCGGCCCUCUGAUGCUUGGAUUCUUCAUCUUCGUGGUGAUCGGGUCUGCGGUUCUUCAGAUCAUCCGGACGGCCACCAACCCUCGUGAGCUGCCUGCUUAAACGGGCACGGGCGGAUUGGACGGACUGCAAGCUGCAAAUCUUGGCGGCAGGAAGGCCCUAGAGAGCUGUACAUUAAGCACGCAAGCAGAGCCACGCACACAUACAAGUUCUCUGUGCUGGUGGUGGCGUGGCAUGGCUGUGUGGCACUAGUAUUGACUUGAGACACGUGUGCGGCAGGGCGCAUUGUCAAUCAGUGCAAUUUUGGUUGACGCAGGCAUGUCUGACAAAUGACUUGAACCCGUUCGUUUCUUGAUAGCCUCAUACGGUACCGCGGCUGUACUGUUUUGCUCAUGGCAGGGCAUGUUAUACUGAUUUACAAGUACCCGACUGUAUGACUGGUGCUGGUCGCUGUGGAGAGAGUGCGUUUUGUGGUCUACGGACAAGUUUAGAACCCGGCGGUAGGAGUCCCAUGCAGAGCUCAUCGGUGACUCGGCGAUAACAUUAUGUCCGCGCCGGCAUUCGGCGCGGCGUCUGUAAAUAUGAUUUGGAGACCUUGCCGCCUGACUGGGGGACAGGGAGGCUCGGGGAGCACAACCUGAGGGAGUAAACUAGCACAUGUGUGAUUUAGCUGUCGGGUCAGCUGUGUGCAAUGGGGGACAGAGGCAGAAUGGCCGAGUGCAGCUUUCGCGUAGACGGCUAGGUUGGUUCCAGUUAUGGCGUGCGUGGCACGCAGGCGCAUUCCGCCGCAGCUAAAGCACCGUAUCUAG